AUCAGCUAAAAAUUCCCAAAGUUGUGAGUUCUGAAUUCAAAUUACUAUUAGCAUAUUAUAGUAUCGUCGAUUAAACAAAGGAUGGCUGAUGUAGCAGCAAAGGAACGCAAGAUCUUAAUCGCCGUAGAUGAGAGUGAAGAGAGCAUUUACGCUCUUUCAUGGUGUAUAGAGAACAUACUCACCGGGAAUUCCAAUGAUACCCUUAUCCUUCUCUACUCAGUACCACCUCGAGCUGUUUACUCUACCUUAGACGGAUCAGGUGAGAAAGAUCACCCUGAAGGGUAUUUGUUUUCAUCUGAUAUAUUGGCGACCAUGGAGAGGUACAGCUCUGGAGUUGCACAGUGUGUUAUGGAGAAGGCGAAAAGAGCCUGCGAGGCUUUGAAUGGGGUUAAGGUGGAGACGAUUGUAGAGCAUGGUGAUGCUAGGGACGUGAUCUGUCAGGCGGCGGAGAAGUUGCACGUCGACAUGCUCGUCAUGGGAAGCCAUGGCUAUGGUGUCAUAAAGAGGGCUUUUCUUGGGAGUGUGAGCAACCACUGCGCGCAGAAUGUGAAGUGUCCAGUCCUAAUUGUGAAAAAGCCAAAAACUGAUGGCAGAAGCAAAUAGAUUUGUUGUACGUUAUGGAAUUUGUAAUUGUUCGUCUAAUGUAAAAUUAAGUAGGCAGGGUUGUGUUUUUUCCUUGAUUUAUGUACCUUUUGAAUCAAACUUGGUUAAUAAUUGUAUGGUUGGUUUUUAAAUGUUAAAGAGGCAAUUUAUGAAGUGUAUUUUUGUGUAAUAACUGCAAAAUGUACAGUUAUGGUUGUCAUCCCUCAUUGCAGAAGG